UCACAGAACGUAGUGAUUGUAUUCUCUUUGCUAGUCAUAAUUAAAACCUCGUUACGGAAGGACGUGUCUUAUUUACUACUACCCGAUAUUCUUCAGUGGCGACGAGAUAAACUAAAGUUACGUGUGCAAUUUACACAUAAAACAGUCUUCAUAAUGUCAAUUGGUAAAAUGAACGAGUUCAAAGUGCAUAGUGAUGAUUGGAACUUAUAUGUAGAAAGACUAGAACAGUACUUUGUGGUGAAUAAGAUUCCGGCGGAUAUGCAAGUACCGACAUCAAUUACCGUUAUGGGGGCAGAAGGGUACGAAUUACUAGUUAAUUUAUGUACCCCAGAUAAACCCAAAUCAAAUACGUUUGCUCAAAUAGCGGAAAUAAUGCAAAAACAUUUACAACCCAAACCCAGCCCAUUAACGGAACGAUACAAGUUACGUAACCGGAAACAAAAGGACGGUGAGAGCAUCGCAGACUACGUAGCGGUACUUAAAAAAAUGUCGAUCGGAUGCGAGUUUGGAGAGGGCUUAGAAGAAAGUUUGAGGGACCAGUUAGUGUGUGGGGUCAGGAGUGAAGCUAUUCGACAGCGUUUAUUCGCUGAGGAAAAGUUGGGCUUCGCAAAAGCAUACAUCUUAUCAGAAGCAGCGGAAAGAAAUGCAGCGGUAGUAGAGGGACAAGAUGUACACGGGGAAGUGACGGCAUCGGCGCAUUGUCAUGCCAUGGCAGUGGGCAAGGAGUGGCGUGGCAAGUGGAGUGCAGGUCGGCAGGCGGCCGCAUACACGGGCGCCGGCGGAGCAGGGACGUCACGAGGGGCCAGUAAGGGCACGCGGGCCUGGGGCAAACCGCCCCAAAACUAUCAGCAGCGACAGGAGCAGUGCAAAGCGUGUGGACGUCUUCACAGCACGACCACGUGUAAAUUCGCUAGAUACGUAUGUAGGGUGUGUAACCAACAGGGGCACUUGAAGAAGAUGUGCGGGCUGGUGAGUAUUCAACUGCGCGAGGGCGCGCGGCCAGUGUUCAUGCGCGCGCGGCCGUUGACGCUCUGCGGGCCCCAGUGGAGCGCGCGCUGGAACAGUUGGUAA